CUCCGCUGGCGGAGCGGCUAGAGCCAUGGACGAGGAGAUCGUGUCCGAGAAGCAAGCUGAAGAGAGCCACCGGCAGGACAGCGCCAACCUGCUCAUCUUCAUCCUGCUGCUCACGCUCACCAUCCUCACAAUCUGGCUGUUCAAGCAUCGCCGGGCCCGCUUCCUGCAUGAAACCGGCCUGGCGAUGAUUUAUGGUCUCUUGGUGGGUCUUGUGCUACGAUACGGCAUUCAUGUUCCAAGCGAUGUAAAUAAUGUGACCCUGAGCUGUGAAGUGCAGUCAAGUCCAACUACGUUAUUGGUAAAUGUUAGUGGAAAAUUUUAUGAGUAUAUGCUGAAAGGAGAGAUUAGUUCUCAUGAACUCAAUAACGUUCAAGAUAAUGAAAUGCUUAGAAAGGUUACUUUUGAUCCAGAAGUAUUUUUCAACAUAUUACUUCCUCCUAUCAUAUUUUAUGCAGGGUAUAGUCUGAAAAGGAGACAUUUCUUUCGAAACCUUGGGUCUAUCCUAGCAUAUGCUUUUCUUGGAACAGCCAUUUCUUGUUUUGUUAUUGGGUCAAUAAUGUAUGGUUGUGUCACACUGAUGAAAGUCACUGGACAACUUGCAGGAGAUUUUUACUUUACAGAUUGCCUGCUGUUUGGUGCCAUUGUUUCAGCAACUGAUCCAGUGACUGUCCUGGCCAUCUUCCACGAGCUUCAAGUCGAUGUUGAACUCUAUGCGCUUCUUUUUGGUGAAAGUGUCCUAAAUGAUGCUGUUGCCAUAGUGCUGUCUUCCUCAAUAGUGGCCUACCAGCCAGCUGGAGACAACAGUCACACCUUUGACGUCACAGCCAUGUUCAAGUCCAUUGGGAUUUUCCUUGGGAUCUUCAGCGGCUCUUUUGCGAUGGGUGCUGCUACUGGAGUGGUGACAGCUUUAGUAACAAAGUUCACCAAAUUACGGGAGUUCCAGUUGUUGGAGACUGGCCUGUUCUUCUUGAUGUCCUGGAGUACUUUCCUCUUGGCUGAAGCAUGGGGUUUCACAGGUGUGGUUGCAGUAUUGUUCUGUGGCAUCACACAGGCACAUUAUACAUACAAUAACUUGUCCACGGAGUCUCAACAUAGAACAAAACAGUUGUUUGAGCUUCUCAAUUUCUUGGCAGAGAAUUUCAUCUUCUCCUACAUGGGACUGACACUGUUCACCUUCCAGAACCAUGUCUUUAACCCAACAUUUGUCAUAGGAGCAUUUGGCAGCUCACUACAUGGCUUCUUCCAGAGUGGGCUUCGGGGUGCAAUGGCCUUUGCGUUGGCCAUUCGAGAUACUGCCACUUAUGCCCGGCAAAUGAUGUUCAGCACCACGCUUCUAAUUGUGUUUUUCACUGUGUGGGUAUUUGGGGGUGGUACCACUGCAAUGUUGUCAUGCUUGCAUAUAAGGGUUGGUGUUGAUUCAGACCAAGAACAUUUGGGGGUUCCUGAAAAUGAAAGGAGAACUACUAAAGCAGACAGUGCUUGGCUCUUCCGGAUGUGGUACAACUUUGAUCAUAACUAUCUGAAGCCUCUGCUGACGCACAGUGGGCCUCCUCUUACAACCACCCUCCCCACCUGCUGUGGACCCAUUGCGAGAUGCCUCACCAGCCCUCAAGCUUAUGAGAACCAGGAACAAUUGAAAGAUGACGACUCGGAUCUUAUUCUCAAUGAUGGUGAUAUUAGCUUGACCUACGGGGAUUCUACUGUGAACACAGAGUCGGCAACAUCCAGCGCUCCUAGGAGAUUGAUGGGAAACAGUUCUGAAGAUGCCUUGGAUCGGGAGCUUGCAUUCGGGGACCACGAACUGGUCAUCCGGGGCACACGCCUGGUUCUUCCUAUGGAUGAUUCUGAACCCCCGCUAAAUUUGUUAGAUAAUACGAGACACGGUCCAGCCUAA